GUGAGCGCGAGCGAGCCCCAGCAGCAACCAAUGCCAAAUUGCUGCUUUGGCUCUUCGCCGCCGCCGCUCUCCUCCUUCCGAGGCCCCGCCCCUCCGCCUCCGCCUCCGCCGCCGGCAGCCUCGCCCCGCCGCGUCUCCGCCGUCCGCGCCGGCGCCGCCAUGCCCGGGCCCCACCCCUCCCUCGAGGUCCUCGGCGGGGGCCGCGACCUCUUCCUCCCGGCGCUGACGACGCUCGGCCGGCCGUACCCCCCGUUCCCCGUCGUCGGCUGGAACCGCCACGUGGAGACGAUCUUCGCCUCGUUCUUCCGGUCCCUCCCGGACGUCAGGCUCCGGCGGGAGUGCCUCCGCACGCUCGACGACGGCGCCGUCGCCCUCGAUUGGGUCUCCGGCGACGACCGCAGCGUGCCGCCGGAUGCGCCGGUCCUGAUUUUGCUGCCUGGUUUGACGGGCGGCAGCGGAGAUUCGUACGUGAGGCACAUGUUGGUGAGAGCUAGGAGUAAGGGAUGGCGCGUCGUGGUGUUCAAUAGCCGUGGUUGCGGAGAUAGUCCGGUCACCACGCCCCAGUUCUAUUCAGCUUCCUUUACGGGUGAUCUACGUCAAGUAGUAGCCCAUGUGGGCGAUCGGUAUCCAAAAGCCAAUGUAUAUGCUGUUGGCUGGUCUCUUGGGGCAAACAUUCUUGUUCGCUAUCUUGGAGAGGAAUCUCAUACUUGCCCUCUUUCCGGAGCUGUAUCAUUGUGUAAUCCUUUCAAUUUAGUCAUUGCAGAUGAGGAUUUCCGUAAGGGCUUUAACAAUAUUUAUGACAAAGCUCUUGCACGUUCUCUACGGCAGAUUUUUAAGAAGCAUCUCCUCCUCUUUGAAGACAUGGGCGGUGAAUAUAAUAUCACAUUAGCUGCUAAUGCAAAAACCGUCAAAGAGUUUGAUGAAGGAUUAACCCGUGUUUCAUUUGGUUUCAAGUCAGCCGAUGAGUACUAUGCUAAUUCAAGCAGUUCGGAUACCAUAAAGCAUGUGUGCAAGCCUUUACUGUGCUUACAGGCUGCAAAUGAUCCUAUUGCGCCAGCUCGGGGAAUUCCUCGUGAAGACAUCAAGGAAAAUCCGAAUUGCUUGUUAAUAGUGACUCCAAAAGGCGGUCAUCUUGGGUGGGCUGCAGGUGCGGGGGCACCACUCGGAGCUCCUUGGACUGAUCCUGUGGUUAUGGAUUUCCUCGAACAUUUAGAGAGACGGGUAUCUCAACCCAGUGCUUCUCUUAGCAAAGACGAGGAUAGGAAACAAGACGCGGAAAACUUGCAUUGCCUAGAGGUCUAAUAAGAAACUCUCCUCUCUUGUAAGUGCCUCUUCAAUAAUCAAUCUUGUUUCUUCUUUGCCAAGGCCAUCCUGAUUAUUUAGUGGUUACUCGGAAGCCUAAUGAAAUAAUGCUUCCACAAGUCAUGUAUUUUGUGGUCCGGCGAGUCAAAGUAACUACUGGUUCGGGACCCACGAUUCAUCAUGUAUUAUCGGAUUUCUUACAUAAUUCAAUGAAAUUGCGAUUGGUCUA